CGCUGCCCCCCAGCAGACACUACGAAGCCAGACAGAGAAACAUGAAGGGCUGUUCAAGGUCACCAUGCUACCUGGAGAUGGGGUUGGCCCGGAGCUCAUGCAUUCUGUCAAAGAGGUGUUCAAGGCUGCUGGUGUCCCUGUGGAGUUUGACGAGCACCACCUGAGCGAAGUGCAGAACAUGGCAUCGGAGGAAAAACUGGAUGAGGUUGUCGACUCUAUGAAGGAGAGUAAAGUGGCCAUUAUAGGAAAGAUCCACACUCCCAUGGAGUACAAAGGAGAACUGGCUUCCUAUGACAUGAGGCUCCGGCGCAAAUUAGACCUGUUCGCCAAUGUUGUCCAUGUGAACAGUUUACCUGGUUUUAAAACACGACACAACAACUUGGAUCUUGUGAUCAUCCGGGAGCAGACAGAGGGGGAGUACAGCUCUCUGGAACAUGAGAGCGUGAAGGGAGUCAUUGAGUGCCUGAAGAUCAUCACCCGGGACAAGUCGCAGCGCAUCGCCAAAUUCGCCUUCGACUACGCCACCAAGAAAGGGCGUUCAAAGGUCACAGCAGUGCACAAAGCCAACAUCAUGAAGCUGGGGGAUGGGCUCUUCCUCCAGUGCUGUGAAGAGGUGGCAGAAUUAUAUCCCAAGAUCAAAUUCUACACCAUGAUAAUUGACAAUUGCUGCAUGCAGCUGGUGCAGAACCCCCACCAGUUCGAUGUCCUGGUCAUGCCAAACCUGUAUGGAAACAUCAUUGAUAAUCUGGCUGCUGGCUUGGUGGGAGGCGCCGGCGUGGUUCCCGGAGAGAGUUACAGUGCUGAGUAUGCAGUGUUUGAGAUGGGUGCCCGCCAUCCCUUUGCCCAGGCCGUGGGCAGGAACAUUGCCAAUCCGACUGCCAUGCUGCUCUCCGCCGCCAACAUGCUGCGGCAUCUCAACUUGGAAUAUCACUCCAAUGUGAUCUCCGAUGCGGUGAAGAGGGUGAUUAAAGUCGGUAAAGUUCGGACGCGGGACAUGGGCGGUUACUCCACCACCUCGGACUUCAUCAAGUCUGUGACUGACAACCUGCACCCACACUAUGGUGUCUAGGUUCCCACCGGAGUGUGGGAGUUCCUUUGACUUCACUUUGUUCUCCAGCACCCAUUUCUAGUGUACAAACCGAAUGGACCUUUCUUGCCCUGCUCCCACCCCUAGGGGAGAACCUGAAUCAUGUCACCCACUCUUAGGCUGCCGGAGCCAGCCUGCCCGCCUGAAACCGCAACCCAAAGAGGGAAGGGACUUGCCUCUCCCCUAGCCCAGUUAUCUGUUACCAGCCUCAAUCAUGGUCAGAUGGUCACCACAAAGAGACGUGGUCUGAGUGCCUGGGGUCUGAUCCUGGCUCUCCCACUGGUUCAUUGUGCAGCCUGGGCCAAGCCAGUUCACCUCUCUCAGCUUCCCUCUCUGUGCAGUAGGGACAGUGCACAGGAGUUCAGGGUCAGCUGGUUCACAUUUGUACCAUGCUUUGCAGCUGAGAGAGGACAAAGCCUAAAUAUUCCACUGCUGCUCCAGCUAAGGCCCCCCUGCAGUGUGGCUGACUGGGGUUGUCACAUCCAGGUGGUCUUGUCUUGUCCCUGACGGCAGAUGCUCUUGCAGCAGCAAACUCCAGAGGGGCCAUAGGUUGGGCCUACCCAGGGUGGAGACCCCUCUCCACAAAGUGACAAAUGAAGUCUAGUAUUGGCCUGGAGUGAAGCAGAAUUUUAUCCCUGUUAAUCUGAACAGUGGAAAAAUAGGAAAUUUCACUGUGUGUGUGGGGGGGUGGAGCUUUUAACUCCCUAUGUCCUUCUAACUUCAUCUCCCUCUCAAGGGAAGAUGCUUUCCCCACUCGGUUAGCAAUAAAAUUCAGCACUGGCUUUGGACAGAAGACUUAAGCACUGAGCAGAACUAGAGGGCAGCAGCCCUGGCCCGUUCCUCCCAGAUCAGAAUGGCACCCACCAGGCAGGCUGGCGCUCCAGGAGACAUUGAUCUUCCCAGCUGACGCAGACCAUCCUUGGGGCUGGGUCUGUACCUCCAGGCUGCUGUCCUGCCAACCAACCUCCCUGACGAAGCUCAGGCCCUUCCUCAGGCUGGCUGCUGGGCAGUGCUCUAGGCCAGUUCGCGUGCCCCCGUCUGGUGUGCUUCAGAGCAGAAUGCAGUCCCAAUUACUGUAGCAUCGUCCUGCCUGUUGUGCACACUGCCGCCCAGCAUCGUUCAUUGCAACUCAGCGCGUGCUGAGCAGCCUGUCCCCUUGCAUUCAGAUGGGGCUAAGCCUUGGGGUGCACCUGGGAGAGGCAGGGGGGUUAGGAAGAGCACGGGGCUGUGCAGUGACUUGUUGCAUUCCCCAAGAGAGCAGAACAGCUGCUCUAGCCAGACCUCUAAGGAAGAAAAGGCCAGGCUGCAUCAGAAGGGAGGGCCUUCCUCGGCUGCACAUUUAAAAUGUGGUGUGAAUGAUGCGCUUGCCGCUUUGCAUGCAUGGUGUGCACUGGUGUCAUUGACGCCGGAUGCCAGCACCUCUCCGUGCAGGCAGUUGUGCUCAGAAAACACACUCAUGAGUGCACGUGCGCUAGUGGGAGCUUCUGAAACACUGGUCCUAACCAGGAGGUCUGGCUUUGGAGGGGUAAGGGACCAAGACUUCUUCCCUGGGUGGAAUUCCAGCUAGGCCAGGGUAGGGUCUGGCUGUGGUGGGAGACCCAAAGGACCCUAACAGCAAGGCUGCAGGUAGCUUGUAGGUGAUGGAUUAGGCAGGCAGGGCUGUCUCAGGCAUACACCUCUCUCUGGCCCCUAUGCGCUGCUGGGCCGCUGCCAUGCAGGCUGGGAGCUCACUUCAGGAAAUGCAGGAUGUGUUUAUUGGGCUUUGUAGUAAUGCUCAUGACUAAAUUGUCAAACUCGC